AUGCAGCAGCUUGGCCGUGACGGAGCUCUCGUCUAUCCCGUUGGAGCCGAGACGAUACACCAUGGAUUCUAUGUGGAUGACAUGAUUUUCGGUGCAGACUCUGUGGACGAAGCUAAAGUCGUGCUAAACCAGACAAAGAAAUUGUUAACUCUUGGAAACUUUCACUUGAGGAAAUGGUGCUCCAAUGAUGAUCGCGUUUUGGCUGAUAUAGGUGGUAAUGACAGACAGGACUUUCUAACCUUCGAUGAUGGUGCAAGCAUAACAAAGACACUUGGAUUGGUUUGGGACCCAAAGUUGGACGUAUUCAUAUUUUCAUUUUCUCCUUUCGCAACACCAACCAAGGUAACUAAGCGUACAAUCCUUUCAGCUAUAGCUAGGCUUUACGACCCGCUUGGUUUGAUUGGACCUGUGGUGGCCAAAGCCAAAAUAUUCUUGCAGCAUUUGUGGAAGGAGAAGCUACAUUGGGACGAAAGCCCACCUCAAGCAUUACAAGAAGAAUGGCUGGAAAUAUGCAACCAAUACAAGCUAGUUGCUCGUUUUAGUUUCGACCGUUACUUGAUAAUGCCCGAGGCGGACCUACAAAUACAUGGGUUUUGCGAUGCGAGUAUUGCUGCUUAUGGUGCCUGCAUAUACAUACGUGCUGAAAGUGACGGACACAUACUAACCAAUCUUCUCUGCUCCAAAUCUCGUGUAGCUCCACUUAAAGCGCUCACGGUACCGAAGCUUGAGCUUUCUGGAGCAUUACUUUUAGCCGAGUUAAUCGCAAAAGUGGUAAGCGCAACGCAUUUCAAAGGAAAAAAGGUAUUUUGUUGGUCAGACUCCACAAUAGUGCUAUCAUGGCUACGUAAUGAACCGGCCAACUUCAACGUUUUUGUCGCAAAUCGUAUUAAUGCAAUUCAGACCCUAACUAAAGAAAUGAACAACAACGGAUUCAAAAACAAUAAGUCGAAGUUCAUAAUAAAUACUUCAGUUGAAUACUUUGCGGCUAGUGCGAGCGCUGGUCAAGCUGCUGACGAGCAUCUGACGGAGAUCGACGAGUUUCUCGAGAACGAUGAACUUACCGUCAUUGCAGCGGUGCAUAACAAAUCAGAUGGCAGGAUAAAAUUUCAUCAUCGCAUACCUGAUGACGAGUUAUGCUUACUAUUUUAUAAGAUCCCACAAGUCAGCGGUGGCAGCUCUGGUGGAAGUGAAUCCACGAACAUUUUAUCUGCUUGCAGUGGAGCAUACGACCAACCACUUGGCAUAUUAACACUGGAGGGCGGAUUGGUCAAGUCGAUUUACAAUUCCGUUUCGCGUGUAUUCUCACCGCAUGCCGAAACCAGGAACACUGACUACAGUUCAGAAUUGAGCGGUUUACUUGAAAGUUUACACGUGUCUUUGGGUUCAACUUUAGGUUUGCCGCAAAGUGGUAUAACAUCAGUAAAAGACGAAAUUAAAUACUGGAAGCAAAGAUUUAACAAAAAGUCCAGUUCUCGUAUCGAUCGUGAGAUGUCACAAGUGUUUAUUUGUGUAUUGGAAAAUAUUGACAAACAAUUGAGCUCAAUGAACUACCGCAACACUGCCACCAGCAUCGAAGAGUUUUUAGACAGUUCACACAAUAGCCUCGAUGAGCUAUGGCGAUUGCCUUACCAAUAUCCCCAGGAGCGCAUGGCCGAUCUAUUGAAUAGCAUUGGUAAUGGAUUGCUUGAAGAAUGCAUCAAACAACUUCAAACGGAGGAUAUAUGGAGCCUUAGUUCUCAUCACGUGAACGCGUUGAUGAGCCUAUGCAUUGACACCACCGAGUCUUGGAUACAACUGUGUGACUCGCUAACGCGUCUUUUCUGGCCAAAUUACGCACAGCAUCCGUGGAUAGGUGUGCCGCACGUUCCCAAACGUAGUCAACAAUUUAAAGAACGUCUGUUAGAGAUUAAGAAUAUUAGAAAUCUCUACAAACAAAUUGCUACAUUAUUGAACGAUGAGGAAAUGAAGUGUAUGCUCUAUGAGAGUUCGCCAUUUAAAGAUAUUAAUAUCUUUGAUACAACUACUCUGGGUCAGACCAAAUGGAAUACAGCUUUGCAAUGCUUUGAGCAAAUUCUGCAACCCAUCGAUGAACGCCUCGCCUCCGCGCUCAAAGCUCUACUUCAUAAUCACCUUAGAAAUCCUAGGCAGGUCAUAUUUAUUUUUUCAAAAUAUGAGACACUCAUUCAGAGGACAGCUGGACUUGAGUUGUUGACAAUCGAGCGUGAACAAUUUCUACAGUCUUUGCUGAUUCUGCUGCAAGAUUUACGCAAGGCCUUGUCCGAUACAAAUAUGGAACCAGAAACCGGUCAUCUAUCUGUAAUUUGUAAUGAGUGUCGUUGGCUGAAAGUCGUGCAACAUCAGAUCCAAGAAAUCGAGAAAGUGAGUCAUUUAAUUAGCGGUCGCGAUGGCUAUGACAAAAUCAACAAAGCCGUACGAGAAAUAAAAGAGGAGACUGAGUCCCUGCUACGUGCUAACUUCGAAAUUUGGUGUGGUCAGUGCUCAACAUCCGUCAAGAGUGGAGAUUUAAAAUUGCGUGAAGAUCAGCCAGUGGUCAGGUUUGAGAAGGAAGGUCGCCAACUAAUGCGAGUCACAUUCAAUCCCAAGCUGGUAACUUUUUGUCAGGAUGUCCGUGAGUUUGAGAACCUUGGCUACAAUGUCCCUACUGAUUUGCGCUCAUCAUCCACGCAUGCUGCAAAAUUUAUAAGCUAUGCACGCCGCUUGCAACAGAUUGCAACUUUCCACAACACUAUUGGUGAUCGUAUGAUACCGUGUCAAAGGCCCAUCAUGCUAAAGAAUGCGGUUGAACUGUCGAACAUGGUGCAAAGCCAGACGGUCGCUUGGAAUGAUGAGGAGUCAGUGCAACGUUAUGUGAAUAUGCUACAAAAAUCUGUGUCCAAGCUCUCUGCAGACAAUACCCUUCUAGUAGGAUACCACGAGCAAGCCAAAAGAACGGUAAUUAGACUCAUGAACACCGACUUGUUUACGAAAACUCAAGCCUGGAAAGAUGAAAUGCGCCAUCUACGUGACUUAGUCGCCACAAUAGAGCGUCAGAGUUUUACAAACUUAGACGCUUUUAAGUUACAUUGGGAUCAUCAGCUCUACAAGGUGUUGGAAUAUCAGUAUAUCAUUGGUCUAGUAGAUAUGAGAAAUAAGCUGCCGGAUAUACACAUAGAUAUUACGUUUAGGCGACGUCAACUUUGUUUCCGCCCUUCCGAAGAGGAGAUACGCGAAAAAUAUUUUAUCCAGCUUCGUCGCUUUAUUGAACGCCCCAGUAGCUUUCGAGGGCUCUCUGACAAUAGCACCGAGUUUUUUAAGUUAAUGGUCGAAAUGAAUCGUCAUCAUUUCGGUCCCCUUUUUGAACACGCCGAGGAACUAUUUCGAAAGCUUGAACAAUUCAAGAAGAUAUGGCUUCCUUGGGUUGCCUUGGGUUGUGUUGACAUCGAAGAACUAUGCAGUAUACACCUUAGCAAAGCAUCGGAUUGGGAUUGUGAAUUCAGGGCUUGCAAGAAUUUCAGCCAGAAAAUCGCUACAAUUCAAAAUUGCGAAGAGUCAAUUGAGUGCAUUAUAAUUAACACUUCGCCCUUACGUUCAGAGAUAGAAUUGAUUAGCCAACGUUAUUGGGAGUCUUUGACCAACAACUUACGCUCCGCUAUUGUGAAUGAUGUUACCACCAUCCAAGAAUUCUUGCAGAACUCACUGCAGUUUUUAAAUAAUGUACCAAUGGGCGACACAUCCCUCACAGAAUCGGGAAUGAAGUACGAAAAAAUGAUGUCGGAGUUACCGAAGGUAUCAGGGACUCUGGAAGUGGUCAAAGAAAAAGACAGCUGCCUCGCCGGCUGGUGCAAAGAGCGUGUAACAGCUCUGGCAAAUAUUCUUAUUCAAUGGGAACGACUAAAACCCUUAAUCGAAAACCAUGCGGUUAUACUCCAACGUCAAGUUGAUAUGAUUAAAGACCAAGCCCACUCGCAGAUGCACAAUUUACAAAAUGAAGCCGAAAAGUUUUUACUCCGUUGGGAAUCGACCAUUAAUGAGCUGGAGAGCAAUGAAAAUUCCACAUUGGCACUCUUCAAGGAACGUCAAGAGCAUUGGCAACAGAUAAAAUCAAAGAAAAUGCAACUGCUUGAAGAAUUCUCCAAGUUCAAUAUGUCACUUUCCCCCGAAGUGCUCGCUUUCGUCAGCAAAGUUGAAGAUAAAGUCCAGGCGCAAUUGAAAGAAUGGGAAAUCUACGAUAACUAUCUGUGUGAACUAAAUGCCAUUACCGGCGAAGAAUGGGCCGUUUAUCGGCGCCGCCCAUAUGUUCUUAAUGAGUUUAUCAACAAGUGGGAGAGCUCUGUUCACGCAUCUAUCGAUCUGCCUUCAAAGCGUAUAAGACAGAGCGUAGAACAGUUACAGAGCGUUAUGCCUAUUCUACAACAAUUGCAAUCUGAUUCUUUGACGGAACGGCAUUGGGCUUGCAUUUUUAUGUUGUUAAACAAAACAGAGAUCAAGCUCAUUCACAAUUUAUAUUUGCGUGACAUAUUGGACGACUAUAACGCACUGCAACAGACAUCUGUGGAAAUAGCAAAUCUGGUGAAAAAAGCAGCCUCUGAGCAAAUAGUGCGGCAAGCUUUGACCGAAUUGGAUCAGUGGUCUGUUUUGGCUGUCCUAAAACUUACCAGCCAAAAAGAUUCCGCGGGCAACGAGUUAUCGCUUAUCAAGGACUAUCAGGAAGUGUUGAAUAAAAUUGGCGAUAACCAGUAUUUACUACAGUCGGCUAAAAAUUCGGCAGCAUUCGAAGCUUUCUCAGAUCAAGUCGAAUUGUGGGAGAGUCGAUUAAAUACUUUAGACUUACUACUUACUAGUCUGAGUCAGUCGCAAAGGCGAUGGGUAUACCUGGAACCUGUCUUUGGCGCUGGUACUCUGCGAAAGGAAGAAUCGUUAUUUCGGCGCACUGACAAGGACUUCCGCUUUGUGAUGCGUGAAAUUCAAGCUGACCCCCGUGUGAUUUCACUUAUCAAAAUUAACAAUAUAUCAGCCAUAGUUAGUUCACUGGAAAAGCAACUUUCGCGUUGUCAAAACAAUCUGAUGACCUACAUUAUGGAUAAACGAAAUUCUUUCCCACGCUUCUAUUUUCUUGGAGACGACGAUUUGUUGGAGAUACUGGGACAAGCAACAAAAGAUGUUGAAGUUAUACAAAAACACAUCAAAAAGCUCUUUCCUGGCUGUCACAGUCUGGGCAUAGUUAAAUCGUCGAGUGAAGAACCAACUGCGCACACCAUACAAUCGGUACAGAGCGCUGAAGGAGAUGUUCUGCAGUUGCGACAAAUUGUGCUUAUGAAAGGACCUAUAGAGGAUUGGCUCAAUCACUUAGUUAGCUCCAUACAGAGUACACUUAAGGAUGCGAUAUUUGAAUGCUGCUCAGCCACAGGCGCAGACAAAUUUUCCGAGUCGACGCUACGACAAUACCCCAUCCAAGUGUUGAGCACCACCCGUGGCAUUCAAUUCACCACACAAACAGAGAAGGCCAUACAGUCCAUGUCACUGCAAAAGCUGCAUCAGGCGUUGAACACAGAAAUAACACACUUCUCCAAUAUGAAAAACCAAACAAACGACACACUGCUGCAGAUUAAGCUGCGCACUCUGUUAUUUGAUUUGGUGCACUAUGCGUCGGUAGUGGAGGAGUUGCAGCAGCACAAUGUGAUGCACGUUACCGAUUGGCAUUGGUUGUGUCAGUUAAAGUUCUAUUUGGCCGGCGCUGAUGGGCGUUUAGUUUUCGUGCGUAUGGUUUACGCUGAGUUCGAAUAUUCCUAUGAGUUUCUCGGCAAUCCCAACAAGCUGGUGCAUACAAAGUUGACGCAUAAAUGUUAUCUCAUCCUCACCCAAGCAAUGCAUAUGGGAUUGGGUGGAAAUCCAUUUGGACCGGCUGGAACUGGAAAAACGGAGUGUGUGAAAGCGUUAGGGGGAAUGCUGGGCCGUUUAGUGUUGGUUUUCAACUGUGAUGAGAAUGUAGACACUGAGUCGAUGAGCUUAAUUUUAACUGGACUGGCGCGCUGCGGCGCUUGGGGUUGCUUUGAUGAAUUCAAUCGACUACAUGAAGCGACCCUGUCGGCUAUUUCUAUGCUAAUACAGCCAAUACAGGCGGCUCUAAAGGAUAAAUCGGAUGAGGUGCAAAUUGGUGAGCAAAAUAUCAAACUAAGUCUGCAUUGCGGCAUAUUUGUCACCUUGAAUCCAGCUUGCGCCGAUUAUGGUGGUCGUCAAAAGUUGCCGGGAAACAUUCAGGCGUUAUUUCGUCCUAUUGUGAUGCAACAGCCCGAGCCAUUGGAAAUCUCACGAGUCAUGCUUUUUGUGGAGGGAUUUCAGCACGCCAACGAAAUUGCCGAGCGUAUUGUCGAACUCUUCGAUUUGUGCACAAAAAUGUUGUCUUUCCAGCGGCAUUACGAUUGGGGCUUACGUGAGUUGAAAACCAUUUUAUUAGCUUGCGGCGCUGAGUUAAAUAGCAACAAAAAGCACAACAGUGUUAACUUAGCCGCCAGUGAUGUAGAUAUUGCAACAGCUGAAGACGCCGCUAGUGGCUUGCAUAUGGAAAUGUCAGUGGUAGUACGCAUGUUACGCAUGUCCAUUCUCUCCAAAUUACACCAACACGAUGUGGCGCACUUUGAUAUGCUACUGACAAACGUUUAUCCGGAAAUUGGAAAAGUCAUGCAAACCAAUUUUGAAUUGCAGCAGGCAUUAGUUGAGGCCAGUGAAAUACUCGGACUCUGCGUCAAUGACAUGCAAAUGCAGAAGGCGCUACAGUUGCACGAACAACUCAACAAGCGUAUGGGCGUAGUGUUGAUGGGCCCACCAGGAUGCGGCAAAUCCACAGUCAUCGCAUUGCUAAGACAAGCUUUGAUGACAACGGCAUCGAAAUUGGCAUCGUCAGGAACGGCACCAACGGGUUCACAACAAAUCCGUCUUCAUACAAUCAAUCCAAAAUCGAUGAGUCGCGUGCAAUUGCUCGGAUGCCUUGACCCAGAUACCCGUCAAUGGAUGGAUGGCGUGUUAACUAAUACUGCUGUAAUAGUGAAUGCAGAGGCGUCAAAUGUUCAUUCGUGGAUAGUGUGUGACGGCAGCAUUGAUCCAGAGUGGAUUGAAGCAUUGAAUUCAGUGUUAGAUGACAAUAGGUGA